CUUAAUUAGCGUGUCUAGUGUGGCCACGGCCGCGGAUGCGGCUCUUGCCGGACUAUUCCCGCCGUGAAAAUAGAUGAAUCGAGUCGUUCUGCAUCGGGCUUUCACGCGGCGCAGCCUCGCCACGUUGUGUCUCGGAUGAGUUCCUCUUUGUGUUGCUCCCGAUCGAAAGGACUAUCUUGCGCGCGCCACUCGCUCCAGCUGCCCAAAUGUCUUCGAAUUCUGUUCCACCAGCCACUAGCGGCCUCCUCUCUUGCGCGUUGCUUCCCUUUGGACGAUUACUCAGGUGACACUGGCCUCUAAUUGGAUAAAAUGCGACCGUACAUCCUGCUCUCGUUCCUGGUGCAAUUGGCAAUCGCGUUUCAAAUCCCGUUUCCGUUUCAGGCUAGCCAGCUGGAUAUCAACAAUGAAACGUCAGGAUGUUGCUCUUGCGGUUUCAAAGACACGUUCUACAUGGAGUCCAAAUGCGGCGUGAAGACAUCCUUCAUGAGCUUGGUGGAGAAACUGAUCGCUGCUACGUGUGAGAUCACUGAGCCCUGCACCAGGCUUGGCAAAGAAGAAGUGCCUAACGAAUGGUUCGACUUUAUCGUGGUUGGUGCCGGAGUAGCCGGGCCUGUAAUUGCCAGGAGAUUAAGCGACAACCCCUGGUGGAGGGUUCUGCUAAUCGAAGCUGGACCGGAAGAGCCAUCGAUGACUUCCAUUCCCGGCCUCGCGGUUCAUGCUGUCAAUUCUACUUUGGAUUGGAACUUCAAAACGGAGCCCACAGAGCCCCACCCGACAGCAUGUUUAGAAACCAACGGAGUGUGCACCUGGCCCCGAGGAAAGAUGAUGUCCGGCACAGCCGGUAUGUACGGAAUGAUGUAUGUCCGAGGACAUCCGGAAGUGUACAACAGCUGGGCCAGAGCAGGCGCGAUAGGUUGGUCCUACGACGAAAUCACCCACUACUUCGAACGCGCCGAAAACCCCAUAGAUCCGUCGAUAUUAUCCGAUAAACCCAGAACCGUACCCGUGCCGGGUCCAAUGAAGAUUCAGUAUUACCCGAACAAGCCAGUGUUCGCCGACGAAGUGCUGAAGGCUGCGGCUGAGCUGGGCUACAGAACGUCAAAAUUAAAAGAGUACACUCAGACAGGCUUCAUGGUGGCUCCCAUGACAACGGAGAACGGAAUGCGUGGCACAACCUCGAGGAAUUACCUGAGACCAGUUUACGGUAGAAAUAACUUGAGAGUGUUGAUAAACGCGCAGGUAACGAAGGUUCUGAUGAACCAAUGGCAGAGGAAGGCUUAUGGUGUGGAACUGGUCGACAAGGAUGGGUACAAAAGGGUGGUGAAGGCUAAUAAGGAGGUUAUCCUGACCGCGGGAGCAGUUGGAUCCCCUCACAUUUUAUUGAACUCUGGGAUAGGACCCAAGGAGCACCUAAGUAAACUGGGCAUGCACGUGGUCAAGGACUUGCCUGUCGGGAGAAAUCUUCACAACCACGUGUCAGUCGCCGUUCACUAUAGUAUCAAAGACACAGCGUACGAAUCUAUGACCAUAAGUAGCGUUAACGAGUACUUGGAGACCAGGACGGGUCCUCUGACCAGCACAGGCCUGACCCAAGUCACAGCCUUCCUCGAGAGCAGUUACGCUGCUAACGGAGUUCCCGACAUUCAGAUAUUCUUCGACGGAUUUUCGCCCCAAUGUCCAAAGACAGGACUAGAUUUCGAGUGCCUGAAUGGCGCCAUUGGCCUGUGCUCUGACAGGAGGCAGAUCGUCGUCAGACCUGCUGCGCUCACCGUGAGCAGUCAAGGGUAUAUGAAACUGCGCUCCGGGGACCCACUCGUGCCACCUUUAAUUUAUCCUAACUAUUUCGUUGACACGAAGGACGUGAAGGUGCUGAUCGAGGGUAUUAAGAAGUCUAUCGAACUGACCAACACGAGGACCAUGAAGCAAUGGGAUCUCCGACUGGAGCCUGUGAUUCAUCCUCUUUGUGUGAACUACCACUUCGCCAGCGACGCUUACUGGGAGUGCUACGUGAGAGCAGCGACUGGGCCAGAGAACCACCAGGCAGGAACCUGCAAGAUGGGUGCCUAUGACGACCCAACAGCCGUGGUGGAUCCGGAACUUCGAGUGCGCGGUGUGUCGAACAUUCGAGUCGCAGAUGCAUCGGUAUUCCCGAUCGUGCCAAACAGCAAUCCCAUCGCCGGGAUCAUGAUGAUCGCCGAGAAGGCGGCUGACAUGAUCAGGAACACGUGGUCGAAGAUGUGAACUCUGGUCAGAGACAUCGACGCGCAGCCCUUCGUUGGGGUAUUAAAAUUAGGAUUAUUACUGUCGCAAAAGACCGAUACCACGCUUGAUUACUCUUGGUUCUCCUGUCGUAUGGUAUUCCGUGACGAGACGCCUGUUGGAAAUUUGUUUACGCGAGUUCUAAGGUAUCGAUUCAAAGUCUGGGGUCCAUUCAGCUGAUGCAGACGAUUUAUUUGCGGGGGAUAUCAGUUUGGAAAGUUUCCAAGGGGACUGAAAAGUUUAUGUACCCGAAUUUUAUUGUUCGUCGAGUUGGAAAGCCUGUACUUGCGAGAACUUAGCACUGGAACUAACGGAGAGGUCAAAGUGGCUGGGGUCAGAGUCUUUGGCUAGGUGGAUUUGUAAAAUUAAUUUCGAUUUUCAUUCAGAUUAUUUUACCUACUGUAGUUAUUUAUUUCUAUCGUUUCUAUGAUUAAUUAUUAUUAUAAUUUAUAUACGGUGUAUUCGGAUAUGCAUUAUCGUAUUAGCGUUGGAACCCGGAUUGAGAACGCUAUAGACCGAUUAAUCUUUUGUAAUAUAUUUCGGAACGCUUUUAUAUACAAUACGAGUUCUGCAACGACAAUACAAUAACUAUGAAUCGGUGGAAAAGAAUAAAAACUGCCCUCGUACAGUUUUCAGAGAUGCUUAUAUAUUCUUACUUCUUGGAGGGGUGAAAAUGCCCAUUGGCCCUUAGUCAAGAUAGGACUGAGUAAGAUGUUUUGAACUCUGAAGUUGGCAACCUGCCUUUAUCAGCUAGGUCCUUUCAGUGACUGACAAGGAGGGUGCAAGUCCUUCGGGUAAUUGACUUAGUUGAAACUUUGCAGGUUUGUAGAUUUAGUCACCUAGUUCGAGAGAAUGUACCAUUAUUAGGGCAACUACUCGAUAGUUUUUGAGAUAUUUGUGAUUGAAGGUUUGUUAUUCUUAACUAGAAAUUUCUUUCGAAUAGUUAUCGAUAGUUAUCAUGUGGUAUUGUGGCCUAAUGGCAACAUCCGAAAAUUGCCACCAGCAGGAAAGUAGGAAUUUUCGGACAUCGUCAUUAGGCCACAGCGUCACUUGAUAAAUAUUCCAAAUAAAUCUAUAAUAAAGGCAAUAAUAAAACUCUAAUCAUAAAUAUCUCGAAAACUAGCGAGUAAUUGCCUUUAUAGUGAUAUAUUUUCUUGAACUGGAUGACUAAAUUUACAAACCUACAAAGUUCAAACCAAAUCCAUGACCCGAAGGACCCGCACCCUUCUUGUAAGAGUCAACGGACCGUUGGUCAUCCAACAUUAGUUCUAGUAAUAAAUAUCGUUCGAUGCAAAGAUGGUUUCUCGAAAUCGAGGCGUUCGUUUCAGAAAAAUCGCGAGAUUGCUAUGAUCGAAGUUUUUAAUCGCGUGGAUGAUAGCGAUGGAAUAUUUGCGAAAUUUUGAAGCCAGUCUUGAGAGGUGUAACGUAUCUAUCGUACUUGUGUGCCAUACAAGACAGGAUGAGUGACGUCUACGAUGUCCAAAUAACCAGUCUGUGACUGUUAUCCUGUACAUAACGAGCAAGCAAAUAAUUUAUAACGAGUAACGUCUGUAAUAUAAAUUUACUAUCUCGAGAACAGAAUUCCUUCCAAC